AUGGUUGUUGUCAUCAGGGUGCAAAGGUCGUUGGGGGCGGGUCACCAGAGGAGGUGGUGGUUGGUGGUGGCAGGUGGUAGUUACGCAGUGGAGCUACACAAAGGUGAAGACAAGGCAGAGGAAGGAGCUGGGUGGGGAGACUCAGAGAGUGUGAAGUUCAAGGAAAAGUUCCUAAGUUCAAAACUUUCCAAAUUCGGAUGUUCAACAUGUCGCGUGAUUGGUACUCACACAGAUCUGUGGAGUCAAAAAUAUUGUGAUGCACGUGGCACAAUUUAUCCAGAGAUCAAAAUUAUGGUGGUGUGGUGCCAGAUCCAUCACUCCGGCCACACUCCGCCACGCGAUCACGAUGUGCCACACAUUUGUGAUUUUCCUGAUUCAUCUACUCUCCAUCAAGGCCAACGGAAUCCCAGGAGAGGUGUGACUAUCAACAUUUGUAUCUUCAGAAUCAAGUUUCUUAUUCAAGACCAGGUCAAGGUGUGCAACGGCAUAGGGACAAUCAAUUCGAGUCAAUCAUAUGGUUUCUCAGGACAACAGCUCAGUGAUCGAUUGAGUCCUCAGUUCAGACUGUUCAGAAGUUACAGCUGA